AUGUAUUUGAGGGCACACGGGGUGCGGGGCUGCGUGUCCCCGAGACGUGACCUGGAGCCUCCACUGCCCCCCACUCCCUGUCCCCAGAGUUGGAUCCCCAAGAUCUUCAGGAAGAAGACGUGCACGGCGUUCAUCGUGGACCCCGCAGACCCGGGCCCCUCUCUCUGGGUGUCUGUCCCCCUCUCUCUGGGUGUCUGUCCCCCUCUCUCUGGGUGUCUGUGUCCCCCUCCCUCUGGGUGUCUGUGUCCCCCUCUCUCUGGGUGUCUGUCCCCCUCUCUCUGGGUGUCUGUGUCCCCCUCUCUCUGGGUGUCUGUGUCCUCCUCUCUCUGGGGCUCUGUCCGCCCUCCGGGUCCCUUUGGGCCUCUGCUUCCUACUUGGUCUCUGUGCCCCUCCCGUGUCCCCCCUCCCCUGUGUCCACAGUUCCUCCGACUCUCUGACCGCACGGAUCCGGCUACGGUUUAUAAUCUGGUCACGCGCACAUGGGGCUUCCGGGCCCCGAACCUGGUGGUGUCAGUGUUGGGGGGGUCGGGGGGCCCCAUCCUCCAGACCUGGUUGCUGGACCUCACCAUCCUCACCCCCUUUGUGUCUGCAGGGGCCUGGAUUGUCACCGGGGGCCUGCACACCGGCAUCGGCCGGCAUGUGGGCGUCGCUGUGCGGGACCACCAGACAGCCAGCACUGGGGGCGCCAAGGUGGUGGCCAUGGGCGUGGCCCCCUGGGGAGUGGUUCGCAAUAGAGAGGCCCUCACCAACCCCAAGCCUGGCUCUCUGCUCCCCCCAGGGACUGGCAUUGACAUCCCUGUCCUCCUCCUCCUCAUUGAUGGGAACGAGAAGAUGCUGAAGCGGAUAGAGAAUGCCACCCAGGCCCAGCUCCCCUGCCUCCUGGUGGCCGGGUCUGGGGGCGCUGCGGACUGCCUGGCGGAGAUCCUGGAAGACACUCUCGCUCCAGGGAGAGGAGGGGGCAGACAAGGGGAUGCCCGAGAUCGGAUUAGGCGUUUCUUCCCCAAAGGGGACCCUGAAGUCCUGCAGGCCCAGCCUCCGCCUCUCUCCCCUGCAGCCUGCGGGAGCUCUGAGGCCUCCGCUUACCUGGACGAGCUGCGUUUGGCUGUGGCUUGGAACCGCGUGGACAUUGCCCAGAGCGAACUCUUCCGGGGUGACAUCCAGUGGCGGUCCGUCCACCUGGAGGCCUCGCUCAUGGACGCCCUCCUGAAUGACCGGCCGGAGUUCGUGCGCCUGCUCAUCUCGCGUGGCCUCAGCCUGGGCCACUUCCUGACCCAGACGCGCCUGGCCCAGCUCUACAGCGCGGCGCCCCCCAGCUCGAUGUGCGCGCCGAGGUACCGCGCGUGGGCCGCGGGGGAUCCCCACCGCGACCACGGCUGCAGGGACAGCGACCAUGGCUGCCCGGAGAGCUCCCAGCUGCUCUGCCACAGGGCCGCCUCGGAGCUCAUGCUGGACGCGGUGCUCGGGCAGACCCCCUGGAGCGACCUGUUUCUCUGGGCGCUGCUCCUGAACAGGGCGCAGAUGGCCUUGUACUUCUGGGAGAUAGGCUCCAACGCCGUGGCCUCGGCUCUAGGGGCCUGUUUGCUGCUUCCCCCCACCCCUCCUCUCUGCGCUCACACGGCCUCCUUCUCCUUGCUCUGCCUCUGGCUGACCCUCCCGCGCCCAGACCUCUUUGGCGAAUGCCACCGCAGCAGCGAGGACCGGGCUGCCCACCUGCUCCUCCGGCGCUGCCCGUUCUGGGGGGAUGCCACCUGCCUGCAGCUCGCCAUGCAGGCCGAUGCCCGCGCCUUCUUCGCCCAGGACGGGGUACAGUCUCUGCUGACACAGAAGUGGUGGGGGGAGAUGGACAGCUCCACGCCCAUCUGGGCCCUGGUUCUCGCCUUCUUUUGCCCCCCACUCAUCUACACCAACCUCAUCACCUUCAGGAAGUCAGCGGAGGAUUCCACACAGAAGGACCUGGGGUUUGACAUGGACGGGAGCCUCAAUGGGGAAGGGCCUGUCAGGCCAGCAGAUCCCCCUGAGAAGUUGCCCCUGGGGGUGUUGAGCCAGCCCAGCCGGAGGGGGUGCUCCCCACACCUGCGGCGCUGGUCCCAGUUCUGGGGGGCGCCGGUGACAGCCUUCCUGGGCAACGUGGUCAGCUACCUGCUCUUCCUCACGCUCUUCGCCCGCGUGCUGCUCAUCGACUUCCAGCCCUCGCUGACCCCGGGGCUGUAUGACCUGGGCCGCACCGUCCUCUGCCUGGACUUCAUGGUCUUCACGCUGCGCCUGCUGCACAUCUUCACAGUCAAUAAGCAGCUGGGGCCCAAGAUCGUCAUCGUGAACAAGAUGAUGAAGGAUGUGUUCUUCUUCCUCUUCUUCCUCGGAGUGUGGCUGGUGGCCUACGGGGUGGCCACGGAGGGGCUCCUCAGGCCCCGGGACCAGGACCUCCCGCAGAUCCUGCGCCGCGUCUUCUACCGGCCCUACCUGCAGAUCUUCGGGCAGAUCCCGCAGGAGGAGAUGGACGGUAAGGAGGGAGGGGGUUUCAGCUACACCUUCGGCAAAGUACAGGGCAACAGCGACCUCUAUUGGAAGGCGCAGCGCUACAGCCUCAUCCGGGAAUUUCACUCUCGGCCGGCGCUGGCCCCCCCCUUCAUCAUCAUCUCGCACGUGCGCCUCCUCUUCCGUCGAUUGCGCAGGCACCGGGCCAGCAUGCCGGCCUCCCCCAACCAACGGCAUUUUCGGGUCCACCUCCCUAAGGAAGCCGACAGGAAGCUGUUGACGUGGGAAUCGGUGCAGAAGGAGAAUUUCCUAUUGGCGCGGGCGAGGGACAAGCGGGAAAGUGACUCGGAGCGGCUGAAGCGCACGUCGCAGAAAUUGGGCCCCCCAACCCAUACCCCAUCUGCUCCCCAGGUCCAGCACUGUAGCCGCGUCCUGGGCUGGGUGGCCGAGGCCCUGAGCCGCUCUGCGUUGCUUCCGCCAGGGGGGCCUUCACCCCCGACCCCGCCUGGACCCAAAGACUGAGCCCUGACGGCAGGCUUCAAGGAGUAGCGCCAUGGGGAGCUGUUGCCCCCAGAGGAAGGCCUGGCUGGCCCUGCACCCCAGUACGUGGCGGCCCUGUCUGGAGGUGGGCCCCAUGCCGCGGACUGGAUCGCUGUCGGCACCACUGCAGGAGUCUCACCCGAUGGAACCACAGCAGGCCCGGCCCCUCCCAGAACCAGCCCCACUCUGGGAGGAGCAGCCUCAGGAGCCCAGGCAGGGCCCACCCCUGAAGGCCCCGCCACAGCCCGCUGGGCGGGAGAAGGGUACAGGGCCCUGGGGGCACAGGGACCACAGAGGCACUCAGCUCCCCACACGGGGGAAAUAAAGCCACUUGAGAGUCUG